AGGUUACGAAUGAUGGCAAACCGGAAGUUUAUUUUCAAUUCCUCCCGCCAAGUCGAAGAAAGAAAACAAAGUCAAAAUGUUUAGUGUAGAAGAAAACUAACCUCCAUACUAGAUAAAUAUGACAGAUGUUAAGAGAAUGGAGACUGCUGAAAAUACAAAGACCACACCUAAAGCUAAAAAGAAGACGGCAGAGGAUGAUGGAAGUAAAGCAAGGAAAAUUUCAGACUUCUUUAAAACUCCAGAUAAAAAUAUUGGCCAUAAGCAGAAGAGCUUGUUCCAGUUCUUCAGCAAGAGUAUGCCUGACAAACCAAGUGAUGGCGUUGAAGAGGAAGAAAUUGAGGUCAAUCAGUCUGUAGAAGACAAUGGGGCUCCUGUUGUUGAUAAAGAAAAUCAGCAUUUGUUAGGAACUGGUGAUACUGAUGGAUUGGUAAAGGAAAAAGCUGGUAGAAAGCCUAAAGAUAAACAUAAGAACAAAAUAUUAGAGGGAGAAACUGAAAAAGUUUCCAAGAAAAAUAAGAAGAAUAAAAGUAAAAAGAACGAAAAAGAAGAGUCUAUAAAGGAUGACUCUAUCAUACUGCUGUCUGACUCCAGUUGUAGCACUCCAGCCAUACAUGAUGCUGAUAAUGUUAAUGAGUCCAGGGUAGAAUUGGUAAACAUAACUGAUGAGCUGGUUUGUGUGCCAGCUGAAGUUACAGAUAACAUGGUAAGUCAGCAUAAAAGUAAAAAGAAAAGAAAGAAAAGUGGAAGUGUUAAAGAUGAACCAUUGGAAAAUGAUUGCACCACAGGAAGAGCAGCUAAACAUUCUGAAGUCAAUAGACACAAAGCAGAGAGUGACAUGAAGAAAUGUUUUGCAAAAGAUACAGAUGAAAAGAUGGGUUUAAAGAAGAAUAAUUUAAAGGUUGAAGACAUGAUGAACUUGUUGAAAGAGAUACAAAGUGAUGCUGAAAAAAUGUCCAAAAAGAAACAUAAACACAAAAAGAAACAUAAACACAAGUCCAAAUCUGCGUUUGAUGCAGUUAGUGAAACUCAUGAAAUAAGUUGUACUGAUUAUGUAGAUGGAACAAGUCCAAAGGAAGGUAAUGAUGAUAUCGAGCCUGCUCAAGAUCCAGAACAGAAGAGUGAGUGUAAUAAAACAAGUGAAAAAUUACAUACGACUACAACAAAAGAUGCAAAUAAUGAAGAAAUUUCUUCAAAGACAAGGAAGUUACACAAACACAAACUUAGCAAUAAGAAUAAAGUUCAUAAACACAGCAAAGACAAGUCGACUAAAAAAUCAGCAAGUAAAGGCAAAGAUUUAACAAGUAUUGAAGAUAAGGAUACAGAUGAUAUUAAUAAAUCAACAGCUUAUGAAACUAAUUGCAAGUCAGCAACAGUAGAAGAGGAAAUGACUGAAACAAAAGAUAAGUAUGAGAAUGAAGAAAGUCAUCCAAAUGAAAUGUCAUACACUGAAUACUUAGAGAAACUUGAAAACAAUGGCAACUUAAAUGAGGAUAAUGGAAUGGAUGUUGAUGAUUGUGGUAACACAGACAAAAUAGCCAUUGUUGAAAGCACUAGCCCUUUAAGACCUGAGGGAGAUGCUAAUUGUGUAAAAACUGAAAAUAUAGCCAAAGCUGAGGACUUCAAAGGCUUUUUCUCCUUAAUGACCUCCACCCCAAAUAGAACAAAGAAAAAAGGCAGCAAGGUGGUGAAAGACAAAAUUGACAAACUAGAACAAUCUAAAAAAAGUAAAGACAAAUUGGAAACAAAAUUAAAUGGUGAAUUUGAUAAAAGAGAAAUAAACUGUGAUGGAGACAGUCAGCACAAGGUUAAGGAUAAAAGCAAGAUGGUAGAUAUAAGUAUGACAGAAACUACAGAAGUAAAGCCAACAAAUGCUCAUAUUAUAGAAGUCACAGAAAGCAAGAAAACACAGGCUAGAUUAAGAUUUGGAAAAGAGGGCCUUAGUCUUGCUGUUUCUAAAUCAGUAGUUCAAAAACCUGAACCAACAAACAAAAUACAAGAAGUCAAACUAGAUGAAGAAAAACCUAAGAAAAAAGGCAGGAAGAAGAAAGACAGCAAGAUCAAACCUCAAGAAAAUCAUGAGGAGCCAGCUGUUAAAAAUGAGCAGGUUGACACAAAUGUAACAGAGAGUGAUGUAUUUGAAACACCCAAGGAGAAGCGAAGAAAGGGGAGUAAAAGGAAGGUGAGCGAAGUAGACCGGGAGGAGGAGCAGUCAACAGAGGGAGAGGAGCGACGGAAAAGUCUGAGGAAGAGGUACAAGGUUGAGGCAUUCCAGAUGGACGCGGACAGAAAAACACCCAUCAAGAUCAAACUAAAACGGUGUCCUAAAAGUAGUAGCAGUGAGGACAGGGAGGCUCUGAGGAAACAGCUGAAGAAACACAAGACUGCAGCCCAGGCCAUUCUUCAGAGAGCCAAAAAGGGGCCUAAAAAGUUCAAGGUGAUGACCAUCUCAGAUACACUGGUACCGAAGAAGCCCAAAGUCCUCAAGAAGAAGAGAAGCAAGCAUGCCAAAGAAAGAUCAGACUCUAAUUCCUCUGAAGACUCGAUAGGAAAUCGCAGAAGUUCUAGACUUGUAGGGAGAACGAUGGCUUCUAUGGAAGAGGUGUCAUUAGAAAACAUUAUUAUAUCGUCAGAUGAUGAUGGUGAUGACGAGGCUAGUGUGAUCAUGCCAAUCAAGAAGAAAAGGGAUAAAAAGAAGAUGAAAAAGAUAGAGGUUGCUGAUGAAGAUGAAACUUUAAAAAAGGGCAAAUUAAAAACAUUGAAUGAAGAUACUCCUAGUAAAAAGAAACUAUUGACACCAAAUAAGGGCAAAACUCCAAUAAAGAAACCGGGUGGUAAGUUGGCCCCAAUGUUCCUGUUGGGUAAAAACAAGGCAGCAGCAGCGUCUCCAAAAAAGCCUCCCCUUGAUCCCGAGCAGGCACGGCAGCGUCAAGCAUUUUUGAGUAGUGGGGUUCCAGAGGAGCUACGUAAACAGACAGUGGUACACUUGGCCUCACGCGCAGCCUUGGAUUACCCGCCCUUGCCUACUGUGUCACAUGUACUUCAGAUUCCAAAUGGCGCCGUUCAACCUGGUGAACUAGAUGUCUGGCAAUUAGGUCAUGCAGAGCUAGCUUUUCGUUGCCACAUUCUACCAAACAUUAUCUACCCUGUGUCUAACUUCACUGGGAACCUCAUCUGUAAACUGGACAUGCCUUCAAACGCCAUAAGGGAGAUGACCAAGGACUACAAGAGUCACCCUGCUCUGGAAGCCAGUCACAUUGAAGCUUGUUUAGCAGAAAUCAGCAGCUAUAAUCCAUCAUUCCCGGUGAAGGCUUUCUAUAAAGCACUCAAGGAAAUGAAAACUGAAACGGAAAAACCACCGGUGAAAUCUGAGUCAAUGCUGAAGACGGACAUGUCAGGACUCCUGUCUGGGUGUACAGACAUGGUGGUCAUAGAAGAUGAAGAGGAUAGCGCGGGGAAAAGGGGCCGGGGUGGAAAGGCACUCAAACUGCACAAAAAAAGGUCCACAGAUGAGAAGGAACCUAAAGUAGCAGAACAGGACUCACAGACAGGGGAGAAAGUAGAUAAAGAAUUUAAGUGCAGCCUGUUGUGGACGGAAAAGUACAGCCCGGCCAAGAGCGGGGACAUCCUGGGGAACUCUGGCGCCCUCAAGAAGCUGAAGAAUUGGCUGUGUGAGUGGAAACACAUCCUCGACCGAGAGGCACGCAAGGCUAGGAAACUCCUCCUCAAGAAAAACAGGGGCAAACUGGAAAAAAAGAAAGAAGUUGAACAUGAAUGCUGGGAUGAUGACAGUGACUUUGACCUAUACAGUGAUGACAGUGAGGAUGAUGAUUCCCUGAUCAACACUAUGCUGCUCUCCGGACCUCAUGGGUGUGGAAAAACCAGCACUGUCUACGCCCUUGCACUGGAACAAGGUUUUAAGGUGCAUGAGGUGAACACAUCGUCAUGUCGGAGUGGGAAGCAGAUCAUGAGUCAGCUCCAGGAGGCCACCCAGUCACACCAGGUGUCAGCCCAGGGGGCACACACUCCCAGGAAAAACACAGCUCUUGGUGGUAACAGUCAACAAGGGAAAGGGGAGAACUCUGGCAAGAUGCCAACAUCAUUCACCAACCUGUUCAAGAAGGCCGGGGAGAAACUCCCCUCACAGCUGAUAGGCAGUGGCGGGGCAGCAGGCAAAGAAGACAAGCCAACAAGAAAAGAUGGAGAAAAGGAGGGCAAAAAGAGGAAGAGGAACAAGUCAGACAAAGAUGGCAGUCCAAAGAGAAAGCGUCACCACAGUGAACGCAGCAAGCUACUGCAGUUAGCUUUAGAGGAUAACAGCUCCCAGAGCUGUGCUGCAAGAAGCCUUAACCUCUCAAGCACAACACUCAUUCUCUUUGAUGAGGUUGACAUAGCGUUUGAAGAGGACCGGGGGUUCUUGUCCGCCAUUCUGACAUUCAUGUCCACCACUAAGAUCCCCAUCAUCCUGACUUCAUCUGACCCGGGGUUUGCCUCUACCUUUGAUGGGCGGUUUGAACAGAUGACACUGAAACAUCCACCGGCUUCCAGCAUUUCCUCUUUCCUGCAAACUUUGGCCCUUGUGGAGAGUAUGAGACUGGAUGUCCCGAGUGUUAACAGCCUAGUCCAGCAGUGUGGCAGUGAUGUCCGCCGCUCACUCAUCAACCUACAGUUCAUCAUCAAAUCAGGGGGUGGAACUUGUGUGAUAAAAAAACCUCUUCCCAUGGGGAAUGUCAGCAAAAAUGAUUCUAGUGAAUCUAGAUCAAGGCUGGCUUCAGAUAGUAAUAUUUUCAGUCAAGAAAGUGUUAUGUCAAAUUCAGACUCCAAAUCUGUCAAUGAUGAUGAUGAUGAUGACUUUGUGACCUUAAAACCACUUAAGAAAAGAAGACGAUUCCUUGAAGAAGAUAAUUCUAAUUCUGUGGAUGGAUUUAAUAAAGUUGUUACUAAAAACUUUGAUGUAGAACUUACCUCAAUUGAAGACUCAGGAAACAGUGUUUAUACAGAGAACUGUCCACCAGUCCAUUGCCUUGACUUGGGAUAUCAGGAGAUAUUUUCUCAGGGAAUUCAGCAAAUCUCAAGCAUGCCUCUCCCCAAAAUGAUACAGGUCUGUGAAAGCCUGAAACAGCUCACAUCAUCCCACGUCUUCUACAACAACCUUCACAUCUUACUGCCAUUCAGUGUGCAGUUGAUCUCGUGUGUUGCUUGUACAGCGUCCCGGGAACACGCCCAGCAAGCCCAGCCUGUGGUCACUCGGAAAAGGAUCAUUCUCAACAGUGAUCUCUAUGACAGUGAAGCCUCGAAUGAUGCACUCAAGGAUAAAGCUGGUGACAUCUGUUCUAAAGAUGUAGAAAUAAUCACUACCGAGUCACGUAAAAGUACUGUGAUGCCUAGGUCAACAAAGGAAGAACAUUUGUGUUUAGCAAAAAGUCUUUUAUUGUUUUCAAAGUUUUAUGACACAGUGUCAGCUUUAGACGUAAUGGAGUCUCAGGAAUCAAUGCAGAUAGGGCGAAAUCUUCAAAACUUUGCCAGUAGGCCAAUAACGGGUAAUAUUUAUGCAGGAGUUGAGAGUGAACUGCCAAAGUAUGAGACUGGUUGUGAGCUGGACAUGGAGAGUUGUAGAGGGUAUAGUGCAGAGAUAGAGACACGGAGUGCCUGUAAACUGUACCAGGGGAUGGAGGGGGUGAAGACAGCGGUUGACAGAAUAGAGGAGCAGAACCCGGGCUUUGGGGCCAACUUUGAUAUGCCUGUGUUGAGAGGGAGAGACCAGUUCACCACACUCGACCAGGCAAGAUUCAGCGUUCCAUCUGAGUACCGACAGGCGAGUGACAAUGCUAUAGACAACCUCCCACUUAUAACUCACUCCCAGAGGAGGAUGGUUCACCUUGACUACAUGCCUGCACUGCGUGACAUGUGCCGCCUCGAGCAGGGGAGACAACUAGCUAAUACAAAGAGGAGAUUCCACCAUUAUUUUGACAACAUCACACUGCCUCUGAAGGAAAGAACGAUGACAACCCUGGCCACAACUUUCUCCUGACAACCCUGGCACUAACCUGACAAUGGCAACUACCUUCUCCUGGCUACAACCUUUUUGCAACAACCAUCUGACAACCCUGGCAACAGCCUUCUUCUGACAAAAUUGGCCACAUCCUUUUGACAACCCUUUUUCUAGCAAUAAUCUUCUGACAACCCUGGCAACAACUCUGACAGAACAACCUUCUUCUAACAACCCUGGAAGCAAGUUUCUGACAACAAUGACAACAACCUUCUACUAACAACCCUGGCAACAACAUUCUGACAACCCUGGCAACAACCUAUCCUCCUGAUUUCAACAACCCUGGCCUUCUACUGGCAACAACCUUCUCCUGAUUACAACAAUCUUAAUAUGGCAACAACCUCCUGACAACCCUGGCAACGGCCUUCUCAUGAUAACACAACCUCCUGACAACCCUUGCCACAACCAAAUAAUAAAUAUUUUGUUCAAACAUGUGAACACAGGAUAUUUUUAUUAUGAGGUGUCUUCCUGCAUUUGCUACAGAAAAGUUGACAAUAGUUGCGCAAACUUUAAUCAGGUUCUUCAUUUCAUUUGUGAUAUUGUGUGAACUAAGUGCAAACCAUUAAGUUGCACUGCUUUUGUUUAAUCUGGUCAAAUCAUGAUGUUACAUUUAAAUUUCUCAAAUCUUGCUAGUAACUUGUUUUUGCAUGUGUCGGGGCAUUCAUGUUUGCUUUGGUAGAAAAUGGAAUACAAGAUAUGUAAACAAAUAUUAUAUGUCAAAACAAACUAAGUUAAUAUAGGAAAAUGAUUCUGUUAUAAAUAUAUUGCAGCUACUCAUAUUUCCAUUUUUUCAGGUGCAUGUUUUCCGCCAUGUCUGAUAAAACCAGCUACAUUUUUCAUUCAUUCACAUGUACACAUAUUAUGUGUUGGUGAAACUAUUUCUGAUUUGUUUAUAUUAUGUGUAAAUGGAAAAUUUGUAUAUAAAUAGUCUAUUUAUUUAGAUUCUUACAAAAUGCUUGUACUUGAUGUAUUUUUGAGUAUUUUUAAUUGAGAAUAGUUUUUAAAAUCUUAAUUUUUUUCUAUUUAAACAUGUGAUUGUUUUUUUUUGUAUUUUCCAAUAAAUA